AUGUCGGCGUUUGUCAAUCGUUCAAGUACACUACAAGAACGACAAGAUUUGUUUACAGCUCGCCGUCUAUUAUUUUUAUCAAUUACAUCCCCGACAUAUAUUAAUAAUUUAUUGAAUAUGAAGAUAAUAUUCCAAUCUACAUUUUCGAGUUUAAUUGUCACGUUGUUGAUCAUGAGCAUGAUUCGGACCGACAUCAGUGUAGCACAAGUUAGAGAAGCAAGAUACCAAUUUUUCAGACCAAGGCAACAUCAACACCCUCCAUCCCCAUGCCUCAAUUCUCCUCUCAAUCCAGUAGCAGUCGGAGCGUCAAAAGAUUUAUCUGGAGUGAGUCAUAAAUGUGGACCAAGUAAUGGAGUGGUGUUUAUCCUGAAUGAUUGGUUGUCAUCACGUGUGAAUAUCGAAGUUGCAUCAAUUAUUUUACAAGAAAAGUUAGGAAUUUGUGUAGAUUCCGUUGCCCUUACUGUAUUAGAAGGUUUGCAACUCAUGAAUCAACAGGGAAAUGAGACACCAUUGGUGUUAUUAGAAUUUUGGAAAAUUAAUCGCUAUGACGAAUUUAGAACCUACGUACAAAAUGGAAAGUACACCUCAGAAAUUGGUGAGCUUGGCCCUCAAGGAAGAAUCGGAUGGUACAUUCCAGAGUUCAUGCUUUCUACACGUGGGGGAAAUUCAGAACUUGAUCAAUUUGUUAGAUCAUAUCGAUAUUUCCGAACAACACCAGAAUAUCGACUUGUGACGGGGUCGACAGGCUGGGCAAUGGUUGACAAACAAAUUGUGAGAAAUUUAAAAUUGAAUUUAAAAGUUGAACAACCACCAGAGAAUGGAACUGAAUUGUAUCUUAUGAAUCAAUUAGACAAUGCUCAACGUGACAAAACACCAGUGGUUGUGGCACUAUGGACUCCUCAUCAAAUAUUUAGUUCUCCCCAUCCACCACAACGUGUCUAUCUUCCUUCUUAUUCAGAAGAUUGCAGAAAGCAGUCGAACAUUGAAAGAGGUUUAGUGGACUGUGAUUACCCCCCUACCACACUAUCAAAGAUACAAACAGAUGCAGUGUUAAAACUACCUCAACAGGUUCAAAUCUUUUUAAAGAAAUUCAAGUAUCAAAGCGCGGAUCAAAUUCAAAUGAUGGGUGAUAUUUAUUACAAACAAAUGGAUCCAAGAGAUGCUGCAUGUAAAUGGUUAAAGAAUAAUACUGCAUUGUGGAUGUCAUGGCUCAAAGUACCUGAACCUCCGGUUUCUAACCUUCGAUUAUCGAUUGGGAUAGCGGUGGCAGCAGCAUUACUUGGAAUUCUAGUGAUUGCCAUUGCUACACUCUUUAUUGGAUGUGUGAUAAGGAAAAAUUCGAUGAGAAAGACUGAGAAUCGGUACGCUCCUAAAAAUCCUCCAAUUUGCAUUGUUUUCACACACAUUCAAAAUGCAUCACUCUUAUGGACUCUUGACUCCGAUACCAUGAAGAAAGCGAUGAAUAUUCAAAAUAAGGUCAUGAGACACAAUGUACGAAGGUUUCGUGGAUAUGAAGUGAAAACUCAUUUAGAUUGUUUCAUGAUGGCAUUUUCAGACCCUAUAGACGCGGUUGCCUGUUGCAUGCAAAUACAAAAAGAUUUAUUGGAAUGUCAAUGGACAAACGACAUGAUGGCAUUUCCAGACAUGCAACCAGUAGUAUGGAAUGGACAUGUAGUUUAUAACGGUCCAAGAGUGCGAAUGGGAAUUCACUAUGGAAGUGACAUUCAAGCUCAAUUUGAUCCUACCACUCGACGUUACGAUUAUUUUGGAACCACUGUCAAUAAGGCAAGUCGAGUGGCGAGAGCAUGUGAAAGUGGAGGAAGAGUUUACAUUAGCGAGGAAACUUUUCAAUUCAUCUUGCAUGUCAUUUCCGAAUUUAAACCCAUGUCAAGGAAAGAGUCAUUUUCAAACUUAGAAGUUCUCAACAGUCAUUCCUAUCAUUUUAAGCAUGCUGUUUCUAGAGGUCAGAUCGUUUUUGAAAGCGUGGGAGAAUAUAAAUUGAAAGGUCUAGAAGGAAAACACACCAUCUAUUGGGUCAAAGACCUUCACAAUGCUCGAUCGGAAUAUAUUGAACAAUUUGAAAUGAUAUCAGCUCAACGCCCUUCUUCAUUACAGCUUACAAAUUCUCCACCUUUUCGAAUUGAUUUAUCAGAAAAGGCAAAAUACGAUUUUAAAGUUGCAAUUGAAAAUGCCCUUAAUAAUCCAUCGAAACUUUCUGAAGAUGAAAAAUCCAUUCUCAUUCAGAGAUUUGUAUUGUGGAGUGUCAAUGAUUCUAAUGAUAUCACUAGUACAUCAAAUUAUAGAGACAAGUGGAUGGAGCAUCCUGAUACUUCACUCAUGAAAUUCAUUGUAGACCUUCUGUCUCACGACGAAAUUAAGGGAUCUCUCAAUGUAGUCACUCCCACCAACACCGCACAAACAUCGGUUCUGAAUACGUCAACAGGAAGUCCUAAUACUGAGAAACACCGAAAAGAAAGUUGUUCAUCAUCAUCGACCGAUCAUCCAACGAGUCAAGACGAAGAAGAAGCGAUUACCAUUCAAAAUGAAGAGAUUGGUGGAGAAAGCGAGCAAGCAAGUAGUAGCCGUCAAGGAGGAGAGGAAAAUUCAAAAUCCACGAGUGUGACGGUCGAGUCUGAAAAUGUGAAUCAAUAG